GUGACAAGAUUGGAGUUGGUGGUUAACGCUUUGUGUUGGGUGUUUUAUUGUCUGCUCUUCGGUUUUAUUUGCUCAAUUUGUCGAAAGGGAUGUCGCAGAAAAAUAUUUUUUACUCAGAUAAAUACUAUGAUAAUGAAUACGAAUAUAGGCAUGUUGUGUUACCUAAAGAAUUGGUAAAACUAGUCCCAAAAACUCAUCUGAUGUCAGAAGCGGAGUGGAGGAGUAUCGGAGUUCAGCAGAGUCAAGGUUGGGUUCAUUAUAUGACCCAUCAACCAGAGCCACAUAUCUUGUUGUUCAAAAGGAAGAUUACAACUCCACCGCCUAAAGAUGCCUGCUGAUACAAGAUAUGAAGUUCAAUGUAAAUAUGUUAAUAGGAAACCAAGUAAGGAUGUUGGAUAAAUUAAUUUAAAAUGGUUACAGUCAAUUUGGCUUAUACUGAUUUUGUGUAUUUUGUCAAAUUUGGCAGAUCUUAUUAAGAGCAGAAUGAGUUGAGGCAUCUCAGACUCACAGAAGGCUGACGUUAGUAAAAAUAUGUGUAUAUGUGUUACUUAUUUUUAUAAUGUAGUUAAUGUUUGUCAUACAUAGACAUAGUAUUCAGGUCAGAACUUUUUAAAAUGUUGGUGUAACGUAGUGUGAUGUUCUUUGAAUCUGUAAGGAGUCAUGCCAAUGAUAUUUCUGUGAUGUACUGAAGUAAUCAAGAGAUUAUGAAGAACACUGUCUUCUGAAAUAUGGUACUGUAGGUAGUUUCCGGGGAACCUGUCACCUCUGUCUUCAGAGUAUAAGACCCUGAAUAUGGGGGCAGCAGAUUCCUCUGAAACACAGACAACUCUCUGCCAGGCUAAUGCCAUCACAUAGUCACAACCAGUGCCACAAGAACCACAAAUCCCACAUAUUA